CAGAGAGACAGAGAGAGAGGAGACAUACUGUGACACGCAGCAGCUGAACAGCAGAGACACCGGAGAUUUUGCACGAUGAGUUCGACGUCCGGCCUCCUUCGGCUGCUGCCCCUCCUCCUGCUCCUGCUCCACUCAGAAUCCUCAAAGUCUGAGAUGCACAUCGGAAAGGAAUUCCUCGUCGCUUUUCCUGAGCUCAUCGCCUACUAUCAUCCGGACAGACCCAACAUCACGAUCCAAGCCACCGCCCUGGGCAACGAGGCCUCUGUCACAACUGUAUCCCGCCUCGACCGGCAAUCAAACCAGCAGACCGUAGUGACGACCUACGAUUUCAUUUUUGAUGAAAAUCUGGAACUGGGCAAGGAGGAAAUCUCCAACAGGUCUGCCAAGAUCACCAGCGACAGAAACAUCAGCGUGUUCGCCACCAGCCACAAGAACAACAGCAUUCAAACGGCCCUCAUCGUGCCCACCCACUCACUGGGCACCAAGUACUUCAUCCCGGUUGUACCAACCAUCCAGACUACCACCAAUCCCGCGUCUGGCGUGACCAUGCAGGUGACCGAGAGAAGCCCGUUCAGAAUCAUCAUCCUCAACGCCGGGGCUGAAAACACAGUGACUGUCAAAGGUGAAGAAGAAGACAGAGUGAUCGGGCUUUCGCCCUACCAGGUGGCUCAGGUCUGGUUGGAUCAAGGAAAUAACAUGGAGGCUGUGGAGGCCACGGCGCCGGUGGCAGUCUUCUUCGGUCACCCCUGCGCCCUCCGGGCGCCAUGCACCUGCGGCCCGCUCUACACCCCGUUGCCGAUGGUCAUGGAGGACACGUCCGAUUUCCUCAUCCCUCCGUUUGUGGCGGAGCCCGAGUCAGAUGAAGCGCAGGUGCUCGUGAUGGAUGGCUCCGGGUCGUCGUCGUCCAGGCGCUACAGUCAAGAUUCACCGGUGGUUAGAAAGGCCGGUGCUGCCAUCCUCUACAGCCCAGGCCUGCUCCUCGCACUCAUCCCAGAUUCUGACUUCGCCUCCUGCUACAUUGUCAGUGCCAUCCCUGACGUGAAGUCCUACGUCGUGAUCAUGGUGAAGAAGGAUGAGACUGACGGGGUCUAUGUGGGAACCACUAAGGUGGCGACUGGCUGGGAGAGCAUGAAAAACACCGACUACAAAGCGGUUCGUCACGAUCUGGAGGAUGGGAGGUCAGUCAUCUGGCAUGCCUACUCCAAAAUGGCUGUCUACUUCAUUGGCAACAAUGAGGGAAACCAGUUCGGUCACCCAGCACCCAUCAUCAGUACCACCCCAGAUUUCCGAGGCUGCGCUCUGGUCCCGGAGUCCCUUCACAUUGGAAACUCAGCUGAAGGCUGGCGUGAGUCUCUGAAGUACUGCUUGGAUCAGGACCUGGAGCUGAUCAGCUUCAUCAGCGAGGAUCACGUUAAUCACGUGAACAGACAGCUCGCCCAGAGCGAGCUGGGGGAACUGGCAGAGCUGUGGAUCGGCAUGCGGCGCAGCUCGGUGGUCGGGAGCUGGUACUGGGCCAACGACCACCCGGUCAACGUCACCUACUGGGGCGAGGACGAGCCCGGCUCGACGGAGGACGGACAGUGCGCCAUGAUGGGCUCGAAGAAGGACGACGACUUCAUGUGGAAGGACGAGGACUGUUGCAAGAGAGCCAGACCCUUAUGCAUCAGCCGAGGCAAAUUCAUCACAGAGUAACAUCUGGACCAGCCGGACCGCAGGGCGAAGAAAACCAACACACCCCAGGACUAAAGACAACCUCACAGGAGAUGUAGCAACAUAGUUUAACAGAAUUUUAGAGACUCAUUAGAAUUUAAAUCAGCUCCUCCUCACCAAAAUGAGGAAUUUCUUAAUAUUUUCACAGUAAUUUCAAUCUAAUUUAGUUGACCUGAAUGUUGUGUAAUCUUAAAACAUUUAAAUUCUUCAUGUUUAUGAUCAUCUUUUCUUGAGUAGUCAAAGCUAUAGGCGGAUUUGUUUAGUCAAUUUAUUGAUAAGAUUUCAGGUUUUGUGUGUAUGUUCUGGUGUGAGUUUAGUUUUUGUAGUGAGUUCAUGUAAUGAACCUUUGCUUUGUUUAUUUGCCCCUCCUUCAGCAGUAAUCAAAUUACUUCCUGUUGCCUGUAGUGGGGUUCAUUUGCAGUGAGUGUACAAACAGAAUAUCAUUGAAAACAGAGCAGAAUUUUCAAUUUAUUGUAAGCCUGGUUUUCAUUAAUAACAAAUCAAUAAAG